ACAUUAUCAUAUAUCGAUAAAAAAAUUUUUUAAAACUAUAUUAUCGAUCUCGCCCGUUAUAUCUCGUUAGUAUAACAAAAUGACUGAAGAUGGCUGGUACGAAGCGUCGCAAAAGGCGCCAUCGGCGUGUUCGAAAUGAAUGGGAGUGUACCAAAGAACGGUCGGCGACACGGCGGCAGACCGGCCGGCACUUCGUGUAUCGUCGUCGCGUCGUACGGACGUGUUGUUCGUCGUUCUUUUCUUUCACAAGGAUCUCCUAGCGGUAUGACACUCCUAAUCAAAACUUUGCUCGAAAACGUACAUCGAUAGUGCUAUUUGAAAACGAUUCAUUUCCACGGUUCUCGUUCAAAUAAAACUCGCGUUAAUUCGCCAAGGAGUCGUAUCGUUUAUCCAAAGAAUGCGAUUCGGAAAAAAGAGAUUCGAACGAUGAUUCGGAAGUGAAUGGAAGAACAGUGUGUUAUUGUCAAUUAAGUGUUAAAGUGCCUGUACAAGAGAAUUUAACGUAAUAAAAUAUCGGAAAAUGGAGCCGCAACAUUCAUCGGAAAGACUCUCGUUUUUCAUAACCGCCAGAUGUCCCUCUCUCGGUUGGAUCACUGGCGGGAACGAUCGUUUUAUAAGCGUCGCGAACUUGUGACGGUUGACCGGUGGUGUCUCGCUCUUCGAGACGGCAGUGUUUUCAAAUCCUGUUCUUUCGGUUCUAGUGUUAUGUGUGAAUGUGUCGGUUGAUUUCGUUUGAUCGAAAUCAUGCCGUUCGUGCUACGCAGAGUGGAGCCGCGUUUCUUGUGUCGCGGACACGUGCCAGCGGGAUCGACAGCCCAGGGUUGGCCAGUGGGUGCCGAAUUGGAGGCGGUGGCGAACGGUGCGCUGACCACCUCGUUGAAGCAACUCGCCUCGCUCCUCACCAUCGCCGAGGACAUCUUUGCGGAACUGACUACCGAGUUGACCGCUGUUGCCGAUCGGAGCAGCAAUCUGCGCCAAAGGAUAGACAAGGUCGAGGAACGUCUCGCCACCGUCGACCCGAAGAAAGUACCAGUCCGUGAGUACCUACCCACUUGCUUAUACCUUCGCUCGCUUCUGCAUUUCCGCUCACCGCCUUAUCGAUGCAACGCACAAGCGGCUCGUUGUGCGAGAUUGAAGGCGGUUGAAUGUCGGUGUAUAAAAGGUUAAACCUUUUAGAAUACGACAGAUAUUAAUUUUGAAGAAUUGAAUGAAAAGAAUUUU